GCUGGGAUGGAAAAUCCAGGGCUGUUGCUUGAAAACGGAUGUCCGUCGCAACAGAACUGCGUCAAAAACUCGGCAAUAUAUACUGGCAUCGAUUUGAUUCAAGAGCCAAGUUCGGUGAAAGGUACUUUCCUCGAGAGUUGCGGCAGAAUUUUUUAUUUUUCGAGAUUGAAAAAAACCUGGUCAAAUGCGAGGAGUUACUGCUGCAGUAUCGGAAUGGAUUUGGCCAGUUUCCCACUGGCAGUGAGGAGUGAUUGUUUGGCCAGCCUCUACCAAAGCAAGUCAAAUUUAAAAUGAGGGAAAAUAUUAUUUUUAAUUAAAUCACUAGCAUUUCCUUCUCGCCUGAAUGGAAGAUACUGGACUUCUGGCCGAUCAACCAAAAUAUCCGGCAAGCUUUACUGGUGCUCGGAGGAAUCGUACAUUUACCCCAGAGAAGUGAUUUGGGAGGCUGGAUUCCCGAAGAUCGAACACGGUUGCGUUUCAACGGCGAUGAACCAGAGCAGCGGAAAAUUGGAGCUGAAAACCGCCGAUUGCGAGCAGGAGCAGCAGUUUAUGUGCUCGGCUUAUCAUAAACAUCAUACACGCGCUGUACAAAUUUGGUGGGACUGCCUCAAAUCUUUCGGACUUAAGACAGAUGAUGAAGACGCGCUGCUCAAUGUUUUUGGGCCGCCUCCAAGCUCGACAUUGUUGUGCUAUGGAAGAUGCAUGGGCCAGAAAUAUCAGAAGAUUCUAGACAACACGGUAAACACUCAGAGCGUGCUGAGAUAUUUGGAGGAUCAAAUCAAAGACGAGAAAGUGUUGCAGGACGCUUACAAACUCGUAGAGCAAUGCAUACAUUUCAAUGAAACGAGGCUUUGUGAAUUUACGUACUUGGUUUUGAAGUGCAUCAUGACGAACGCAUACCAGCUUGUGCAGGGUUUGAUGGCCAACGCCAUCAGUAAUUCUGUCAUGAUCCCACCGCCGAUUAUGUGUCUUCCAAACUACCACUUUUGCAAUGAGACCUCCGACUGCGUCGUAAAUAAUUCACUAACGAUCCAGCUAACUGCUUCAGGGAAAACUGAUAUCGGAGACUUGGUCACUUUGCCCAGCAACAAAGCGUACUUCAUCGGCAAGAGGCUUCCUCUGAACUUUCUUUACCAAGACGCGAAAUCAUACUGCUGCUCCGUCGGGAAGCGUCUUUUGGAGCUUGAAAGCGCCAAAGAGCUGCAAGAAAUUUUUCUGUUCGAUACCUCCAUUACAGCAUUUAAUCGAACUGUAAUCGGCCCGAUGGCGGAGGACGGAAACGGCGAUUUGGUCGCUUGGUGCUCAUCCGGCGCUCCGAUCCCAAAAGAAUUAUUUCCAAAUGCAACUGUCCCCAAAAAUCCAUGUUUUAAAAUUUCCAACUGCCCCUUUUUAAACAUUCAAAACAAAUCUGUUCCACCCGUCGCCACGAUUGCUUAUUAUGACUGUUUAACCACUGUCCCAUUUUUUAUUUGUGAAUAGAAAAUGUUUCCCACCUUUUUAAAUAAAUAUAAUUUGGAAGCUGGUUUCGGAACUUUCGCUCUUAAUAAAAAUGGUGG